GCCAAAGUUGGGUGUCUCUAUAUUCCGGAGCUCUCCGUCUUAAGACCAGUCUCUGCUUUCUUAUUCCGACGGGAGCCUUCGACGCUCCGUGAGCGUCCUUCCAUCCGAGCGCGCGUUGCGGGCUGUUUGGCGCGCGUCCGCCUCAAGGACUCCGAACCCCUCGGCAGGGACCUCGUCUGACACCAGCAACAACGCCGGAUUUCUCCUCAGCGCGGUCGGGGGAGUUUUUGAGGGGGGCCGUUCGUUUCUAGCUCUUAGUUCUCGUCGUCGUCUCGGCACCAUGCUGUGCGGAAUGCGCCGCCACAGUCUCCGCCUGCAGAGCGAACUCCACCGGUGGAGCAUCUGCGACCCCGGGAGCCACCUGCUCCCGGACAGCGUCGCGUCCCGGGUCCCCAGCUGCAUUUCCCGCUCCAAGUCCUGCAUCAGCUCGGCCGGGGAGUCCAGCCGGAGCUGGUCCUCCUCCGACUCGGUCAUCUCCACCGACUCCGCCGGCGAGGCGGCGGGAUGCGGGAAUCCGCUCCGGGUGGUCCUACUGGGGGCCAGAGGGGUCGGUAAGACGGCCUUCGCCAGCAUCUUCGCCGGUGCCGCGGACAGCAUGGACAGCGACGACUGUGAACUCUACGGAGACGAAGUGUGUGAGAAGACGAUUGAAGUGGACGGAGAGAGUGCAACCAUAACUCUGCUUGACACAUGGGACGCCGAGGACAAGAGUGGAUGGACUCAGGAGCAGUGUAUGCAGACGGGCGAUGCCUACCUGUUGCUGUACUCCAUCACGGACCGGGCGUCCUUCCUGCGAGCGUCGGAGCUCCGGAUAACCCUGCGCCGCCACCGCCCCGCCCAGCACACGCCGAUCAUCCUGGUGGGGAACAAGUGUGACCUGGUCAGAUGCCGAGAGGUGUCAGUCAGCGAGGGCCGCACUUGCGCGGCGGUCUUCGACUGUAAGUUCAUCGAGACGUCCGCCGCCAUGCAGCACAACAUCUGGGAGGCCUUCCACGGCAUCGUCCGGCAACUGCGUUUGCGCCGGGACACCAAGGAAGCCAACGAUCGCCGCCGGCACACAAAGUGUAACUCGCGCCGUGAGAGCCUACCCGUGAAAGCCAAGCGUUUCCUCGACAAGAUGGUCGCCAAGAACAACGCCAGCGUGGCUUUCCGGCUGAAGUCUAAGUCCUGCCAUGACCUUUCCGUGCUGUAGGAGCCAGAAGCGCACCCGCUCACACUUCCUGUCGCGGCGUCCGUGUGCAGACGACCGGAUUAGAGGCCGGAGGGGAGAAUCGGCGAGGAUGGAUUGGGUGGAGGCUUUGAACUUGGGCUGUACGGUUCACAGAUAGUGUCCCCGGCGGUGUCUACACCCAGCCCACAGCCGGGACUUCAUGUAUGCAAAGUGUGAUCUUACACCUCUACGCCCCUCCAUCCCUCCAUCACACUGUAGUCUACAUUAGACAUAUAUCUGAUCUGAAGUUUUAUUUGCCAGCCUCUGUGAUGGACUGGAGAAUCAGCCAGAGGACACGUCCUCCCGUCCUGUUAUGUGGAUGCGUCACGGCUGUGAGGCCGAAACCUUGGAAGUCUGAAAGAGGAAUGUGAGAGGAAUGACGACUCUGCAUUACAGUGUGUUGAUGUCUCAACAACCACAACUUGUACAAAGACAACGGAGGUUAAGUUCCUUGUAUCUUUCUCUCUCAGUCUCCCCCCCCCCUUUAUUUCUCCCUCUGAGUCAUUUCUCGUGCACAUCUGUUAUUUUUCUCACCCACAUCAGAUUUGUCCUUUUUCUCCCAAGUGCCAAGAUCACCAGUUGUAAGCUUUGUUAUUGAUUAAACACGGAGCGGCGGUGUGUUUGUACAGGUGCGUUGACCAGCGAGCGU